UCUGCAGUAUAUAAUGGCUGUGUGCUGCGUUCAGAGCUCAUUCCGCGUUGUAUUCAAUUCUGCGUGGUUUUGAACUCUUCUGUCCUUGGCACACUUCACUGUCUAAAUGGUUGUCCAAGUUAAAUCGAGUUUACCCCAUUAUACCAAAGCAAUGGAUGGAAACCAGCAUAAAUUGGAAGCAAAUGUCUUGCUACUUGGAGCCGAAAAUGUCGGGAAAUCAGCUCUAACUGUGCGGUUUCUUACCAAAAGAUUUAUUGGUGAAUAUGGAAAUAUUGAGUCGAUAUACAGUCACAUUGACAAAAUUGAUGGGCGGGAGAUCUCCUUCAACAUCUGGGACUCCCUGUAUCCACAGAGCUGUGAGAGCUCUGAGUCAGUGAGUGAAGAACAGCUCCGCUGGGCAGAUGGCAUUGUGCUUGUCUACAGCAUCUGUGACCGCUCCAGCUUCGAGGUUGUGCAGCAGCAGGUAGCACUUAUCCAGAAGCUCUCCUCUUCCUUCAGCUCUUCAGUGCCCAUGGUGGUGGUGGGCAACAAGCGGGAUCUGCAGCAUCGCCGCGUUGUCUCAAGUGAGGAAGGGCGCCAGCUUGCCCUCUCAGCAGACUGUGGCUUCUUUGAGGUCUCUGCAGCCGAGGCAUACCAUGGUGUUCUGCCUGUCUUCCAUGGCCUGCAUGAGCUCAUAAAAGAGGCCAGGGGUGUCAAGAAAGGAGCUGCUGGCAUUAUGGGCAUUGUGAGGACUGUGUCCGCUGUCUUCAGCAAGAAACGGGAGUAGGGCGUCUUUUUAAAGAAACUUGAUAUUAUGACCGAUAUGUCAAGUCCCCAUGCACGAGUAAUGGCCAGAAAGGGCAAGCAUGAUCUUCACAACCGUGGAUCCUAUUAAAGAGGAGAAAUUGUUGAAACCAGGUUGUCUUUUUGUACGUUGAGGCUGACAUUAAGAUCCUAGAAGGUUUACUCAGACAGAAAGAUGGUAUCUUCAUGUAUCUGAGCAGCUUCUGGAUAGUGUACAGCCAGCGACUGGAGUGAUACAAGCCAAGUAAACAGGGCUCAGAGCUGUUCUAAGAGUUUCAGGAGAAUAUGAGAGGCGUGCGAAUGCAUUUGAGGGUUAAAUGAAAGUGUGAUGUUAUGAAGACAGUAUUUUCAUGCAACCCUUGUAUAUAGCCUACUGAAUUGCUUUGUAAAUAAGCUGAGAUUUCUUAUGUACCAAUGCUGAAGAAUUUAUGUGCAUUGACAGCUAAUCCAGAUUUUAUGUAGAAAGUUCUAUAUACUUUACAGACAAUCAAAAAUAAAAAUGCUAAAUAAAUAAAA